CCAAAAAAUGAACAAAGGCCAAGAAUUGACGAAAACGAUCUUUUUAAAGAAUGCCUUAAUGCAUUUCAUAAGAUUUUCUUAUUCGGUGGAAUCACUGGCUUAAGGUUAUUUUAUUGGUGAUCUCUUCAUAAUCAUGAUUGCCGGGAGAGAAAAAAAAACUACUACUACUAUUACUACUACUAUUUUCCUCCUUCACUAACCGAUUUUUUCUUGUCAACAAAGUUUAUAAUGUUUUUUAAUUGAAUAUAUAGGAAUGGAUGUUUGAUUGUAAUAAGUGAUAUAAUUGCUAACAAUAUAUGUAUGCAUAUUUGCGAUUAUUAAUGACAUUAAUGAAGACUUCAUGCGAUCGAGUUUCCUUUUUCAUCAGUCAUACAUAUUUCUCCAUACUAUAGUGAAAUACUAUUACAUGAGAAACCAAUGACAUUUAUUCAAAAGCAAACAACAAGCCAAUGAUAAUUUUUUCGUCAUUAUAAUUAAUAUUUUAAAUAAUGAAAAUUCUCAGUCACUUUAUUAUUUUAUGAUAUAAUUAAUAUCCAUCUGAGUUCAUUCAUUAUUAAAGAGAUUACUUCCAGUAUUCAUUAUCUAAAAAUAAACAUAGUAAAGAAAAAACUGACAUCAUUGGUUUGAUUCUAGAUAAAUAUUAUUGAGUUGUCACAUCUUCAUUACAUCCAUUAUUUUUAUAUAUUGAUAUUUUUCGCAAUAGAAUAGAAUAUAAUAUAUAUACAAAAUAUUAGACAUUUGAUAUGAACUUUUAUUAAUUAUUGAAUGUCACUGGUUGGAGCCAAUUAUAGUAUAGUUCGUAACAAUAUCAUCAUGAUUAUACUAUAGAAACCUCACAACACGAUUUAUACAUACUGCCAAUUAUAGUAUAUUUCGUAACAAUAUCGUCAUGGUUACACUCUAGAAACCUCAUAACACGAUUUAUAUAUACUGGCAACUUUAAUUAUAUAUUAUAUGUUUAUCAAAUUUCAUAAAACAACAUUAUGAGAACGGAAACACAAUGUUUAAUUAAGAUAUUAUCUUUGUAUUAAUUCUAUCAUAUUACAAUAUGAUAGAAUUAAAUAAUGAUGAAUUCAAGUCAUACAUACAUACAUAGAUACAUAUAUACAUAUAUAUAUAGAAAUUUUACAUUGAUUAUACAUGAAGUCUUCUCUAUAAGCUCUGUUUGUCAAAACAAAAGCCAAUUGUAGAUUGUUUCUUAAACGUUGACCAAAAAUAUCGUGAAUAUAUCAAUAAUAAUUAUGGCUUCAACUUCUAAAAAAAACAGUAGUUCUCGGCGAAAAGGUGUCUCUAAAAUUGAAUUAACAGAAGAUCAAAAAGCUGAUAUAAAGGAAGCUUUUGAUCUAUUUGAUCCAGAUGGAACAGGCAAAAUAGCAACUAAAGAACUUAAAAUAGCAAUGAGAGCUCUUGGUUUUGAACCAAAGAAGGAAGAGUUAAAAAAACUUGUAGCUGAUUUUGAUCCAGAUUGUCUUGGAAAACUGUCAUUUGAGGAAUUUUUAAAUAUAAUGUCUGUAAAAAUGUUAGAGAAAGAUCCAAAAGAAGAAAUUUUAAGAGCCUUUCGGCUUUUUGAUGAUGAUGAAACUGGAAAAAUAUCUUUUAAAAAUUUAAAACGUGUAGCUAGAGAGUUAGGUGAAAAUCUUACGGAUGAAGAAUUACAAGAAAUGAUUGAUGAGGCUGAUAAAGAUGGUGAUGGAGAAAUUUCUCAAGAAGAAUUUAUGCGAAUUAUGCGAAAAACCUGCUUAUAUAAAUAAAUGUAAUGAUUUGUUCGUUGUUUUCAAUUCAAAUUAAAUUAGUUUUAAAACCGUUUAAUUACAUUACUUGAUUUGCAAAAAAUUACAGAAUUUUAAAUUGUAAAAUUGUAUAAUU